AUGCCUAAAAAAGCGAAAGAAGAAGCAGAGUGGGUGGGCGAUGACGAUACCCCAACAACAGAAAAAGCCGUGAAAAAGGGAAAGAAAGAUAAGAAGGGGAAAAAGAGUUUUUUUGAGGAACUCCAGACAGAAGAAGUACCCGAAAAGGAAGAUGAAGUUCCGGCAAAGGAUGCUAAGCAGCCUCAUAAAAAGAAGAAGGAUCGGCGGAAAGGAAAGGCCGGAGAUGCGGGCAAUGAGAGCGACGAAGAUGUCAUGCUGAAGUUAAAAACGCUCUCCGUACAAGCUAGCGACGAGGAAGACGAGGCCGUUACUGCUCCCAAGAAAGGAAACAAGAAGGCCAAGGGGGGAAACAUUUUUGCAGCUCUCAGCCAGGGAAUGAGCGAUGAGGACGACAACUCCAACUUGGAUGAGGAAGACGAACGAGAAAAAAAGGAGGCUGAGAACGGCAAGAAAAAAGAUAAAGCUAAACCUCAGGUGAAGGUGGAAUAUAAUGAUGAGAAUACAAAAGACAAAUUAAAUAGCAAGAAACCUGAGCCAUCGCAGGACGACGAUGAAGACGAAGGGGACAAAAGUGACGGCAAUGAUAUGAUGAUGCAGAGUGCGGAGGAUGUCAUCGCAGAGCAGGCCAAGGAGCAACAAGACGAUGACCCCUUUUCUAACCUCAGCAAGAAGGAAAAAAAGAAGAAGAAAAAAUUGAUGGAGUACGAGCGUCAGGUGGCGAGCCUCCGUGCUCAAAACGCCCUGGAAGGAGAUUUCUCCAUUUCCCAAGCUGAAAUGUCCUCCAGACAGGCCAUGCUGGAGAACGCUUCUGAUAUCAAGCUGGAAAGGUUCAGCAUUUCUGCUCAUGGCAAAGAGCUUUUUGUCAAUGCGGACCUCUUAAUAGUGGCGGGUAGAAGAUACGGUUUGGUGGGACCAAAUGGGAAAGGGAAGACCACAUUAUUGAAACAUAUAGCUAACAGAGCUCUUAGCAUUCCCCCCAACAUCGACGUGCUACUUUGUGAGCAAGAGGUGGUGGCCGACGACACGCCGGCGGUACAGGCUGUGCUGAAGGCUGAUACCCGCCGCCUGAAGCUGCUGCAAGAGGAGAAGCAGCUUCAGGCCCGCCUGGAGAAGGGAGAGGACAGUGUGGCAGAAAGACUAGAUAAGGUUUAUGAGGAGCUGAGGGUGAUCGGAGCCGCAGCGGCUGAGGCCAAGGCGAGAAGAAUUUUAGCCGGUUUGUCAUUUACCCCCGAGAUGCAGAACAGAGCCACCAGAAGGUUCUCGGGAGGCUGGAGAAUGAGAGUCUCCCUUGCCAGAGCUCUGUUCAUGGAACCCACCUUACUGAUGCUUGAUGAACCCACCAACCAUCUAGACCUGAACGCUGUCAUCUGGCUUAACAAUUACCUUCAAGGCUGGAAGAAGACACUGCUCAUAGUUUCCCACGACCAAAGUUUCCUGGAUGACGUGUGUACUGACAUCAUGCAUUUAGACAACCAGAAACUGUACUAUUACAGAGGGAACUACUUGACCUUCAAAAAAAUGUACGUCCAGAAACAAAAAGAGCUCCAGAAACAGUACGACAAGCAGGAGAAGAAACUAAGGGACCUGAAAGCUGGUGGCAAGUCCACCAAACAGGCUGAGAAGCAGACUAAAGAAGCGCUGACCAGGAAACAACAGAAAGGCAAGAAGAAAGGAGGUCAGGAGGAGGAGAGCCAGGAAAGCACAGAGCUGCUGAAGAGACCCAAAGAGUACACCGUCAAGUUCACCUUUCCAAACCCUCCACCUCUUUCGCCGCCUAUUCUGGGACUGCACAGUGUGGAUUUCUCCUACGAGGGUCAGAAGCCACUCUUCAAGAAUGUGGACUUUGGAAUUGACAUGGAUUCCAGAAUUUGUAUAGUUGGCCCAAACGGUGUUGGAAAGAGUACAUUGCUGUUGCUGCUUAUUGGGAAACUAAAUCCAACCAGGGGUGAGAUGAGGAAAAAUCAUCGCCUGAAAAUUGGCUUCUUCAACCAGCAGUACGCCGAUCAGUUAAAUAUGGAGGAGAACCCCACCGAGUAUUUGAUGAGGAACUUUAACCUCCCCUACCAAGAUGGCAGGAAGUGCCUGGGACGGUUUGGCUUGGAGAGCCACGCGCACACUAUUCAGAUUUCCAAACUGUCCGGUGGUCAAAAAGCUAGGGUUGUGUUUGCGGAGCUCUCCUGCCGCCAGCCGGACGUACUGAUUUUGGACGAACCCACUAACAAUCUGGAUAUUGAGUCCAUUGAUGCAUUAUCGGAGGCCAUCAAUGAAUAUAAAGGCGCUGUGAUCAUAGUGAGUCACGAUGCCCGUCUCAUCACCGAAACUCAGUGCCAGCUGUGGGUGGUGGAGGAUUGCUCGGUCAAUCACAUCGACGGAGACUUCGACGACUACAAGCGGGAAGUUCUGGAGUCCCUCGGAGAGACCGUGGUCAAUAAGGUUAACCCGUGA